UACCAAUUUAAUGUUAAUCCAAUUUGUUUGGGCCCGUUCGAACUUGCAUUCAUAUUAUAAAUAUCUGAUUUAUUUACAUGCAGUGGUGUAGCCCAAAACAUUUAACUUUUUAGAGUCCUCCCUGUUUUAGGUCACGUAUUUCUAUUCACCUUCACUAACCUUAUCAGCAAGGGGCCGUAUUAUCACCCCUUUUUCCUUAUUGUUACCUGCAUAUCUGCCCAUUCACAAAUUGUAGAUAUAAUAUAUAAGCAAUCACAAGGUUUGUCCAGUUUCUGUCUGCAACUGGCCAAAUUCGGAUUAAUUGGAUCUUUUUGGAAGAUAAGUUAGCUUUAUAUGUGGCCAGAAAUGAAAUCAAAGAUAUAUAUUGUGACGAGUCAUUUUCCGCCCAAUGGAAACAACGAUUCAAGAACUAUUCUAAAUGUUCUAAAAGGUGUUCCUUUUUUAAAGCAAGCUGCUACGGAAUCUACGAUAGGAAAUAUAAUAGCAGAUAUGAAUAGCAGCUAUUGCCAGACUUCCCAAAUAUCCAAGAAGACAGGCAUGGCAACAAAUAUUGAGGAAGAAGAAACGAAAUUUCAGGCAUUAACUACUAUACCUUCAUAUUUUCUUAUACUUCAGCAAUCAUUUCAACCAGAGCAAAAUUCGCCAGUUAUUACACUAUUUCCAGUUCAGGUAAAUUGUUCCAAUUGGGAAUUCGUGUUAUCUGCUCUAUCUUUAGGAACAACAUUAGCGUUUUAUGAUGAAGAACAUAGGGAAGAUGACGGGCAUAAUUUAUGGCAUUAUAUUGAUCGCUAUAAAGUGAGAUAUGCCUUAAUAAUGGAGAAUCAUAAGGAAUUUUUAAGAAGGCCGAAAAUACAGCCAAAUCCAAAAUCAAGUUUUCAAUUUUUAAGUAGAAUAACUGUCACAAAAAAUUCCAUAUCAGAAUUGCAGAAGAAAUAUCUACUGAAAUACUUAAAGAAAGAAUCACAAGCCAUAGAUGAAACCAACAGUUUACUGAAAUCCUUGACUCAUAACGAGCACCCAAAGUUUGAAAAUCAAAAGAAACAAAAUUCGAACUAUUUCAGCCCAAAAGAUUCUAAACUUCGCAACAUCAACUGUAAUUCUGUCCAUAGAAAACAUCUGAGAUCAAAGGAAAGCAUCGAGAGAAUUGUUAAAAAUGGAUACCAUCUUUUCUCCGAAGCCGAUACAGUGAGAAGGCUACAGACUUCUCCAAGAAAAUCUCCGACUUAUUCCCCACCCUGUUUCUGUACACUGUUCAUCUAUAUUUUUAUUGUUUGGAUGUGGAGAAUAUACUCGGAAUAAAAGAAUUAAUAGUA